CUUUUAACUAGUAAAAUAGAUUUUCCGCCGUGUGUCUUUUAAUGUUGUCCGUGGUUUCUGUUUUCACUCUGCUCAGUUGGCAAGAUGGCGUCGGAACCGAACAAGACAGAAAUUCUCACCAUUUUUAAACGACUGCGCUCCGUUUCCACAAACAAGGCUUGCUUUGACUGUGCUUGUAAGAAUCCGAGUUGGGCUAGUAUUCCAUAUGGCGUGUUUCUGUGCAUUGACUGUUCUGGGAUUCAUCGCUCAUUGGGAGUGCACUUAAGCUUCAUCAGAUCCACAGAGCUGGACUCCAACUGGAGCUGGUUUCAGCUGAGAUGUAUGCAGGUUGGAGGAAAUGCCAACGCGGUUAGUUUUUUCCGUCAGCACGGCUGUACAACCAAUGACACCAAUGCAAAAUAUAACAGUCGUGCGGCUCAGAUGUACAGAGAGAAGAUUCGGCAGCUUGCCAACGCCGCACUCUCCAAAUAUGGUAGUGAUCUGUGGAUUGACAACCCGGGCUGUGCUCAACCAUCACCUUUAGAGAAGAAAGAGACUGACUUUUUUGAUGAGCACACGCAGCCUGCUUACAGCUGGGACAUGGCAUCACCCUCCCUAACUGAUCAAAACGGAGCCGUAACAAUCACCUCUCAACUGGAGCAGAACCCUCCAAAGAAUUCUGAGACCCCGAGUACCCAGCCUGAAGAGGGUCCGAGCAUUGAAGGCCUGAGCACGAGUCCUAAAGCCACAAUAGAGAACUCAAUGAGAUUGGCAUCUGAAGAGUCACAAACUCAUAAAGAUUAUCAAGUGAAACCCUCCAUCAUUGGAAAGAAAAAGCCAAUCACAGCAAAGAAAGGGCUUGGAGCUAAAAAGGGUCUUGGUGCCCAGAAAGUGAGCAGCAAGAGCUUCAGCGAGGUGGAGAAACAGGCCCAUCUGACCGAGAAGAUGCGAGAGGAACAGACUGCCGAGUCCAAGAAACAAGCAGAGGAGUCCAUAGUGACCUCUAUGAGGCUGGCCUACAAAGAGCUGGAGAUCGACAGAAAGAUGGAAGAAAAGAAACUCAAGAACAUGGAGGGGAAGAAAAAAGAGCAGGCGGAGAGGUUGGGCAUGGGAUUCGGCAACAGGAGUGCCGUGUCUCACUCUGUGAUGGCCGAGAUGCAGGUGAUCGAGCAGGAGACUCCGGUGGGGGUCAAAUCCUCCACCCGCACCAAGGUGGACAUGUUUGAUGAGCCUGGGUUUGCCUCUGGACCACCAAAGUACAAGGAUAACCCUUUCACAUCAGGAGACAGCUUUGGGUCACGGUGGGACAGUGAUACCGGAUCAGCGUUCUCCUCCUGGGCUGUGGAGAAGGACGAGCCCAAAGACAGCGAGGUCACCAUCUCUAUCAUCCAGCCGAUCGGAGAAAGGUUGCCUAGCCGACGGAAGCAUGAGGUUUCUGCACCAGUCGCAGAAUCCAGCGAAGCCCGACAGAAGUUCUCCAACGCUAAAGCCAUCUCAUCCGACAUGUUCUUUGGCCGCGAGAGCAACCCGGAGUAUGAGGCAAAGACUCGUCUGGAGGGCAUGUCUGGAAGCACCUCCAUCAGCUCUGCUGAUCUGUUUGGUGAUGGCAGCGACCGUUCCUCAGGAUCAUCAGGUUUUGACGGCGUUCUUCCCACUGGUCCAGACAUUGCCCAGUUCAAGCAGGGUGUAAAGACGGUCGCUGGGAAGAUGGCAGUGCUGGCUAACGGGGUUAUGAACACCAUUCAGGACCGCUAUGGCUCUUACUGACAGAACUGCGUUAGACUGAUAUGGACGUUACAUCAAACAGGACACACCUCACUGCUGAUUGGAUCUGGUCUGUCUGUCUUAAUUAAAAACAUAAAUCCAAGAGGAAGACGAAGGCAUGGGAGCACGGGUUUCUCUCCUGACCACUGUAAACAUUCUUUGCUGACAGUAUUUUAAUGUUUAUUUUGAAGACGUGUUUUAUUUUCAGAUGACAGGAGCACUGGGAAAGAUGUAAAGUUUGCAAUCCCGGUGCUCGCUGUUUUACCCAACAAUCCUGUUUUCACGCCAUGUUUGGUUUUUGUUUUGAAAAGUAUUCUUUCUGGAAUUAAAUGUAUAACUGCAUUUGUUAGCUCUAACGUGUUCUCGUGGCUUUUUUUGUAUGUUAGCGAUAUACGAUUAAGACUGCGGUGCAUUCGGUAAACAUGUUAUAUUUAUACAUUUCGAAUAUUUUGCACCCAAGCGUUCUUUUUAGUUUUUUAACAACAUGAUUUUACAUUUAGCGACUAUGAUUAUGGGUGACAGGUAUAGUUCCUCUUUGCAUAAGACGACCUAAAGUUUAUUUUUAAGUGAUGUUAAAAUAACCUUGAUAUUGUGCAAUAUGUCCUGGCAUGUCAAUGACCAGUUCUUGGAUGCAGCGGAGCUACCUGGGAAUUCAUCGCUAUUGUGUUUUUUGUUACACAGGUGAAUUUAAACAACCGUGUUUGUUUUGCAUGCCGGCACAGGUAGAAGACACUGCUGCUGUAUGCUAUCAAUCCCAGCAUUCCCAAAAUGUUCAAUAUGCAGAACCCAAACUGAUUUGAGAUUUACAGUUUUUACUUAAAGAUUGUAAUUUAUUUUUGUGGUACCAAAUGGAUCUACAGUCUGAAUAGUUGUGACCCGACCAGAUUUAACAUUGACAUUAUAUCAUCUAUGGAAGAGGGAGUGUUUGAAAAUAGUUGUUACUAGUGCUCACAUUACACACUUCAUUUCAGACAUGAAUCAAAUUAAAAAAUAUAUUUAAUGUCAACAGCCAUUUUUUUAUUUCAAAUUGACAAGUUUUAGUGAAGUAGUCGGGCAGUGUGCAUGUGCAACACUGUUUCCUAGUACAUGGAUUCAAACAAUACAGCUUGUCCUUGUUCGGGGUUGUACGAUGUCAUCUUGGAAUAUUGUUUUUUGCUGUAAUACUCUUCGUACAUUGUCUGCCAGUCUAUUUGUAUCCCUAAAUUUGACAAUAAAGAACAUCAACCUGA